UACUCUUUGCUCCCACUCACCGUUCUUACUUCUUACCUGCUAAAGACCGAACCGGUCGGCUCUAUUAAAUCAUGCAAACGCCUCCUCACGUCGGAGUCUGAAGACCAACUGAUCGGAAGUCAAUUAAUUCACCGUGAGGAGAUAAGAUGUAUUGCUGGAUUCGAGCCUCUCCUUCCAAUUGCGGUGGGGUUCUCCCCCAACCUCGGAGUGGGCACACCGCAGUGAACAUCGGAAACUCAAAGGUGGUGGUGUUUGGAGGGCUAGCAGACAAGACAUUCCUCAGCGACAUUGCGGUUUAUGACAUUGAGAACAAAUUAUGGUUUCAGCCAGAGUGCUAUGGCAGUGAUUCUGAUGGUCGAGUGGGACCAUGCCCACGAGCAUUUCACGUUUCUAUUGCAAUUGACUGUCACAUGUUCAUUUUUGGUGGGAGGUCUGGCAGUAAAAGGUUAGGAGACUUUUGGGUCCUGGAUACUGAUAUCUGGCAAUGGUCAGAACUUACAAGUUUAGGUGACUUGCCCUCGGCAAGAGAUUUUGCAGCUGCUUCAGCCAUUGGGAACAGUAAAAUUGUAUUGUAUGGUGGCUGGGAUGGUAAAAAGUGGUUGUCUGAUGUAUAUAUUCUGGACACAAUUUCUCUUGAGUGGAAAGAGUUGUCUGUUUCAGGACCUUUACCUUCCCCGAGAUGUGGCCAUUCUGCUACCAUGGUUGAGAAAAGGUUGCUUGUCUAUGGUGGUAGAGGAGGGGGAGGGCCAAUCAUGGGUGAUUUAUGGGCUCUGAAGGGCCUAAUUGAAGGAGAGAACGAAAGUCCUGGAUGGACCCAAUUGAAGCUUCCAGGUCAAGCUCCAUCACCUCGUUGUGGGCAUACUGUUUCAUCUGGAGGGCAUAAACUUUUGUUAUUCGGAGGCCAUGGAACAGGUGGUUGGUUGAGUCGUUAUGACAUUUAUUACAAUGACUGUGUUGUUCUGGACAGGGUGUCUGUACAAUGGAGACGCCUACCAACGAACCAUGAACCCCCUGAUGCUCGAGCAUACCAUUCAAUGACGUCCAUUGGAUCACGUUUUUUAUUAUUUGGUGGUUUUGAUGGAAAAACAACUUUUGGUGAUUUAUGGUGGUUAGUUCCAGAAGAGGAUCCAAUCGCAAAGCCGGUAGCGACAUCUCCUUCCAGGGAUUUCCCUGAAAACCAUGGUGCCACCAUGUCACAAAGUGAACUCCUUUCAGAAGGCAACAAGGAAAGCCAUAUAGAAGGAUCUCCUAUCUUAGAAUUGCAAAAAAGGCUACAACUUUCUGUUUCACUUUCAAAUCCGAAGUCAACUAUGCAUGAGACAGAGGAUAGGGAAUUUAUUGAACUAGCAUCUCAGUUGGUUGGAGGGGCUCUUGAUGGAAAACAGGCUACGCAAGUACUUCGUGAGCGCUGGAGGAAUGUUUUGCCAAAAUCAGUACAGUUGAAGGAACUUGGCCCACUGCUUAGAGAUUAUCAACGUUUGGUUGCCCUAAAUAAAAAAGAAAGUGUUGAAUCUUUUUUACAGUCGCUGGAUCCUGGCUUUCUCGGAAAACAGAUCUAUCGAUUUUAUCAUAUCAGAAAUGUUCACCAGUUGCGGAUGGAUGACGUCCCACAUUUGCUGGAAGAAUACAGACAACUUUCCAAUAGCGGACAGUGAAUGAAUGCAUAUACUCGCAUAGUAUGAUUAGUAUCACAUUUACUCCACAUUUAAAAGAAUAAUAAAAACAUGUGAUGGGUUAGCCUUUAUGUUCAAAAAGCACAACUAUUUGUAAUUUCAUAUAGAAAUUAUGGGCAACGAGUGUCUAAGGUUUUGUUACUCAAGUGUGAAACCUUAAACUUCUUGCUGUCUAAGGUUUUGUUUUGGGAUUGCUGACAAAAUUAGUUUUUACUGAUACAUGUACAAUCAGUAGUAAUUUAAAAAAAAAGAAUAAUAAACUUCAUU